AAGUGCGCUUUAUUUUUAAAAAAAUUUCCUCACUUAUGUUUUGAUUAGACAAUACUCACUCGGUCACUCCUCUCUUUCGAACAAUGGCGACAACCUCGACUUCGACCUCCAUGGAUCCUCCACCAGAACCCGCACCACCUUCAUCCUCCUCAAACGACGUCGUCUCAACCACCGUUUCUUCUUCCGAAGCAGAAACUGAAGAAACUCCUCAACCUUCUUCAAUGGCUCCUCCACCAAACCCUAAUCAUUCCACCGAAAAAGUUUCAGUUUCAGUUCCUUACUCCGUUCCUCCAUGGAGUGAAGCUCCUUCUCUUCCUUUCUUCCUCGAAGUUCUCAAAGAUGGCGCUAUUAUCGACAAUCUCGAUGUGACGAAGAAAGGUGCGUAUAUGUUCGGAAGGAUUGAUAUGUGCGAUUUUGUUCUUGAGCAUCCUACUAUCUCUCGGUUUCAUGCUGUACUCCAGUUUAGGGGAGAUGGAUCUGCAUAUCUUUAUGAUCUUGGAAGUACUCACGGAACAUCUAUUAACAAAAAGCAGGUACAAAAGAAAGAGUAUGUGGAUUUACAUGUUGGCGACGUCAUUCGUUUUGGCGUCUCAUCCCGGUUAUAUAUAUUUCAAGGUCCAGAAGAGUUGAUGCUUCCAGAAGCUGACGUGACGAGUGUCAGGUAUGCUAAAGAUCGGGCAGCUUCCCUCCGCAGGGCAAGAGAAGAUGCAGCUGUUGCUGAUGGUAUUUCUUGGGGCAUGGGAGAGGAUGCUGUUGAAGAAGCUGAGGAUGAACAUGAUGAGGUAACAUGGCAAAACUACAAAGGGGAACUCACAGAAAAGCAACAAAAAACCCGGGAGAAAGUCUUGAAAAGAAUGGAGAAGAUUGCCCAUAUGAAGAAGGAGAUGGCUGCAAUCCGUGCUAAAGACAUAUCCCAAGGAGGGUUGACUCAGGGACAACAAACUCAGAUUGCUCGGAAUGAGAUGAGGAUAUCACAGAUAUUGGAGGAGCUGGAAAGUUUGGAAGAGACUUUAAAUGAUAGUAUCCGAGAAAGUAUAGGUGCACGCACUGGGAAGACAUUCGGCAAGUCAAAGGGAUUUGAAGAUGAGGAUGAGUAUAUGAGUGACGAUGAUGAGUUUUAUGACCGAACGAAGAAGAAAUCUGCUAACAAAUCAGCCAAUACACAAUCCGUUGAGACGGCUGACUCUCUUCUGGAUAAGAAAGAGAUACUGCUGAAAGAAAUGGAGGAGAAGAAGAAAUUGCUCUUGGAAGAGAAGAAUAUGACGUCAGAACCUAUGGUUGAACAAGAUACUGGAGAUGCGCUUGAUGCUUAUAUGUCUGGUCUUUCGUCUAAGCUUGUUCUCGAUAAGACUGUGCAACUUGAGAAGGAUCUAUCAUCCCUCCAGACAGAAUUGGAUAGGAUUGUCUACCUGCUGAAGAUAGCUGACCCCACUGGAGAAACUGCAAAAAAACGAGCGGCAUUUCCCAAGGAGGACAAGUGUAUAGAAUCUAAUUCUUCUAGUUCCACUGUUAAGAAACCUGAGAAAUGCCAAAUUGAACCGGAAAAUGUCAGUAUGCCUGAAAGUCCACUCAAUGGUUCUGUUCCAAAACAAGUAACUCCAGAUGUAUUUGAAGAAGCUAGUGAGGUAUCAAAAUCCAAUGAGGUUGUACCCGAUUCAACCGAAAGCAAACAAACAAUUUACAAAAUUGCAAAGCCGCAGUGGCUUGGGGCAGUAGAAGACAUGGAAAGGAAAGAAAGUCAACCAGAGAAACAGUCGGACACAAAUGAGGGUGAUGAGUUUAUUGAUUAUAAAGAGAGGAAGAAGAUUUUGGAGUCAACUACCUCUCAAUCAGAAAAGAAGCCAGAGUCUGAUCUGGAAAGUGCUGCCCCCGGUCUUAUUUUGCGGAAAAAGAAGCCAGCUGAUUCAGCUGAAGGUAGUGAACACAGAUCUGCGGGAGCUGACAUGGCUGUGGAAGAUGCUGUUGCUCUAUUGUUGAAACACAAACGAGGAAUCUAUGCAAGCGAGGAAGGAGAUCCUGGAAACAAUGAUAGAAGAGAACAGAAGCAACCGGGGCAAGAUAAUAAAAGGCCUAGGAGGGUGCUUGGUCCUGAGAAACCUGCUUUCCUGGAGCCACAUCCAGAGUCAGACUACGAAACGUGGGUUCCUCCUGAAGGACAAUCAGGCGAUGGUCGAACAUCACUGAAUGAUCGUCUUGGUUACUGAUGCGAAGUAUCUGUAGCACAUCUUAGUAUUGGUUAUAACCGCAACGUCAUGGAGAUCUCAAUGGUGUGGGUUCAACUAAACCUUUAAAUCAGAAUUAUUUUGAGCUUAUCAAUGUGGAAAAAGAAAAGGGAGGACAAUGAACCCUCCUCCAAAGUCGGGACACCGCAAGGAGUAUAUGUGCGAAAGAGAAACAACCUAAGCAUUCACACAUUCGAUCUUAAAGCUUAUAUGCUUAGUAUCCCUAAGCCAAUCUUCAAAUUUUUUGUAGAUCUGAGUUUCCAAAGUUUAAUUUACCCAGACUCUUCACUUCUCACUCUUGUUACCUGUGAUGAAUUGUAGAGAUGAAAUUUGAUGACGGAAAUUUUGAAUUAUGUAUAUAUAAGUGUAUUAACAAACUUUUUAGAUGGAAAUCUGGAAUUGAUUAAUCCAGUGAGUGCGUAGAUUGUAAUUGGAGGUAAGAGUAAUAGCUGCUUCAUACUCUGCUAUCAAAAAAAUUAAAUUGCUUUA